UGCUCUCUUUCUCUUUCGCUGUGAUGAAUAAAGGAAGAGACUGAACUGCAAGAUAACUUUUAUCUGAAGCAGCACGUGUGUUUUUUCAAGAUCAGAAAGUGUUCCUGCUUGUUUGUUUCUGCAGUCUAUAGUGCCCUCUUUAUUGGCUAAAGUGGAGCACUGGAGCCAUGAGUGAUGAUGGGGAGAUGAUGGAGCUGCCCCUGAGCCAGGGCAAGUUUGAGCAGAUUUGGGGGGACCUAGGGUUUGGUGAGCUGAUCAAGGAGCUACCUCGUACAAACAGUGAUGCUUGGCUUACUGCUGCAUUGCCUGAUGGCCCUGCUUUUACAGAUGGCUUUGACCUGGAUCUCCCAGAGAACACUGACACUGCUCUUCCUGCACCUGAUGUGGCCCCAGUUGUGGACAACCUCCCACCUCCUGCAACUGUAGUGCCCUCCAUCUCUGAUUAUCCUGGGGAAUAUGAUUUCCAGUUACGCUUUAAUCAGUCCAGCACUGCAAAGUCAGCCACAUCCACAUAUUCUCAGCUACUGAAUAAGCUGUACUGUCAGCUUGCAAAAACAUGUCCUGUGGAUGUGCUGGUGGGCAGAGAACCACCUAAGGGUGCCAUACUGAGAGCCACAGCAAUUUAUAAGAAAUCGGAGCAUGUUUCUGAGGUGGUAAUCCGCUGCCCACACCACCAGAAUGUUGCUGAAAAUAACGAAGGUAUUUCUCACCGUAGUCAUCUCAUCCGUGUGGAGGGCAGUCAAAAAAUACAGUACCACCAGGAUCUAAACACCAAGAGGCAUAGUGUGACGCUGCCUUACGAGUCCCCGCAGCUGGGUUCUGUGGCAACCACCAUACUACUGAAUUUCAUGUGCAAUAGCAGCUGUAUGGGUGGGAUGAAUAGGAGGCCAAUUCUCACCAUACUGACCCUGGAGACAUUCGACAAACAGGUCCUUGGUCGCCGAUGUUUUGAAGUUCGAGUGUGUGCAUGUCCAGGCCGUGACCGCAAAACAGAGGAAGACAACCUGAAAAAGAUUAAUGGAGAACUGGUUCCUAGGACAAAGAGAAAGCGUGAGGUUUCUGAUCAGUUAAAAGAGCCACUCCCUGCUGCUGGUCUUGCGUGCAAGAAGAUUAAGGCUGACUCCAGUUCUGACGAAGACAUCUACGUUCUUCAUGUACGGGGAAAAGAAAGAUUCAAAAUGCUUAAAACUAUAAACGCUAGUUUGGAGCUUAUGCACAUGAUGCCUGUUGCUGACCAAGAAAAGUACAGGCAAAAACGACACACCUCAAAACAUGAUCAAUCCUGUCUGCAGCCGAAGAGUGGCACAUCUUAAAAGAUUCAGAGUAAAUGGCUUUUUAAAAUAUUAUUUUCAAUGCACAAAAAAGUGUUCUGCUUCUAGUUGUGCUGAAGGUGGGGUAACCUGUUUUGUUUUGUUUUUUUUAUGCCAAAGUUUCAAACAUACUAAAUUUCUUUUUUUUUUACAUGCUCAUUUGUUAUUAGUAGUAUUUGUUUUAGUGUUUUCUAAUUUGACUUCUCUUCAUUUGUCAUGUACCUUACCUUAUUCCAGUGUCACCAGUUUUUCCAUUUUUAUUAACACAUGCAAAUACUUUACUAUUUUACUUCAGUAAUAUUUUGUAAUACCAGCAAGGAUAUAUUUGUAAAAAAAUAAAAGAUUACUUUUGAAUUUGUGAUUGCAUAUUAGAUCUGAGGUGAACAAAAACUUUCUUAACCUGAUGCAUCUAACUGCACAAAUAGAAAAGGAAUUUCAAAAGCAUUUUUUAUAAUUGGUCUAUUUGGGGUCUGAGGUAUAAUUUGGGGUUUUAUUUCUUUAAAUUAUAUUUAAAAUUGAAGUAUUUUUUGCUUGUCAAACAAGAAUUCAGGAUAUGCAUACAAUUUUUGAACUUGCUUCAAACACCCUCAUUGAAAACAUUAUUUCUGUUUGGGGUAUCAGAAGCAUUUUGUAAAAAUGAAUCUAUGGAGUUGGUUGCUGUACCUGUGUUGUUGACAGUUUAUUUUUAUUUAAAAGACUGCAUCUUUCUACAAUUUUUUUUCUGGGUUCAGAUCCCUUAAACGCAUGCAGUGUUACAAUAUUGGAGUCACAUCUAGUAUUAGAAACAAUCCCAAGAUUCAUUUUGACACCAUCAGCAACAGUUUACUUGUUUUUUGUGGCUAAGAUAAACAAUAUAAAACUACAUUUAUUCAUUCCUUUCAAAAUACUU